CGACAUGGUCAGCUGCUUUGCUAAACAGAAACAUUUGGGGUCCUUUCUCAUUUCACGUGUGCGUCUGCUGCUCUGCAUCGUGAGAGGGAACCAUGCCGAAGUCAAAGAGGGACAAGAAAAUUUCGUUAACGAAAACCGCAAAAAAAGGACUCCAGUCAAAACAGAAAUUAAUCGAGGAGUUACGGAAAUGUGUGGACACAUACAGAAACUUGUUCAUAUUCUCUGUGGCUAAUAUGAGGAAUAACAAACUGAAAGACAUCAGGACAGCGUGGAAACACAGCCGAUUUUUCUUCGGCAAAAAUAAAGUCAUGGUGGUUGCCUUGGGUAAAAGAGAAACCGAUGAAUACAAAGAUAAUUUGCACAAGGUCACCAAGUAUCUGCGAGGAGAAGUAGGAGUACUAUUCACUAACAAAACAAAGGAUGAGGUACAAGAGUAUUUCAGUCAUUUCAAAGAGAUGGAUUAUGCACGAGCAGGCAACCGUGCACAGAUGGACACAACACUGGAUGAGGGACCCCUUGAUCAGUUUCCUCACUCAAUGGAGCCCCAGCUGAGGCAAUUGGGACUUCCCACUGCUCUCAAGAAAGGCGUGGUGACCCUGCUGAAGGACCAUGAAGUCUGUAAGGACGGAGACGUGCUCACUCCUGAGCAGGCUCGUAUUCUGAAACUCUUCAACAUUGAGAUGGCCGAAUUCAAGGUGCAGAUCAAAUGUAUGUGGAACUCAGAAACAGGCGAGUUUGAAAACGUUGCUGGUGGGGAAGAGCCUAUGGAUAAUGGAGAGGAAGACGACGACGACGAUGCAGAAUAAAUCGUCUGCAAGGGCAGGGGAAGCUUGUGCGCCUUUUUUAUUAUAAUUUUUUUGGCCUGCAUUCAACUGCAGGGGGACAUAAAUGUAAAAACCAUUCAGCCUGGCUACCAGUGCUCCACCUGGAGUCUGUGAACUCUCUCCUUUGUCAUUUUUUCACCCCAAAACAGGACCUACUGUCCUACAUUUACCAGUUUCAGCUUCGGACUGAGUUGUUCAGUAAAAACUGGUGAAUGGAGUUGAAGACUUAAUGAUCUCCCGUAUGUAAUCAUGUUGAUGCUACUUGUAAUCACAAUAAUUUUGUACGCACAAUGUCAUCACGUGCUGAACUAACCCACUUGCUGUAUUUUAUCCGUAGAAAAAUACAAAAACAUUUUGUUGUGACAAAAAAAUUAUUUUAUUGUAACAGUUUAAGACAGACUUCAGAAAAUGUUGUUUUUUUUCCCUGGAAAAAUAUUUUAGUUUUUACAUUUGUACAUUGACAAUGAAGUGCUCUAAACGUAAUGCA